AUCCCUAUAAAUAUCACGGACACUUAUUCUAGUUCAUCAUCAAGCAAAUCAAACACUAAAAUCAAAAGUUAAAAAAUCCUCUGUUUUCUUCAAACACAACAAAGUUCCCAAAAAUGUCUCUGAUUCCAAGCUUCUUCGGUGGUCGCAAGAGUAACAUUUUCGACCCAUUUUCCCUUGACUUAUGGGAUCCAUUCCCAAUUUCAACCAAUGCUCCAUCCUCUGCUCGUGAAGUCUCUGCUUUUGCAAAUGCAAAAAUCGAUUGGAAAGAGACCCCAGAAGCUCACGUCUUCAAAGUGGACGUUCCCGGGAUAAAGAAAGAGGAAGUGAAAGUCGAAGUGGAAGAAGGAAGGAUUUUACAGAUUAGCGGUGAGAGAAGCAGAGAGCAAGAAGAGAAGAACGAUCAGUGGCACCGUAUGGAGAGGAGCAGCGGUAAGUUUAUAAGAAGAUUCAGGUUACCGGAGAAUACGAAGACGGGAGAAAUAAAGGCAGCGAUGGAGAAUGGGGUGCUCACUGUGACUGUUCCUAAAGAAGAAGAGAAGAAACAUGAAGUGAAGGCCAAAGAAGAAGAGAAGAAACAUGAAGUGAAGGCCAUUGACAUUUCUGGUUAAACAAGUGUUUGAUGAAAGGCCCUUUGUCAAUAAUGUCUGUUUUCUCAAGUAUUUUGGUUUGUUAGGAGAUUAAGCUUUUAAUUUGAAUUGUGUAUGUGUAAUUGUUAAAGAUUGUGGUCUUCUUCUACUUGCAUUUGUAAACAAAAAAUUGUUGUCAGAGUUUAAUUAAUGAAAAAUUUCAUCCCGUUA